CACUCGCUCUGGUCCAUUUAUGUGCGCGCGCUUCCAUCUUCUGAGCACAGGGCUCGCGGUGAACUCUUUGAGAGAGGAGCACAGCAUCCAGAGCUUUCUGAAGGUAAAAUUGACCUACACAUAACCCUAAAAUGGCAGCCUCUGAAGAAAUCCUGAUCAAGGAGCUCGACAAGCGUGCCUCUGGCCAAGCCUUUGAGGUGAUCCUGGCAGCUCCUGCCCCAGAUGCCAAGGCUGAUUUCCCCCUGGCUCCUCCCAAGAAGAAGGAUGUCUCGAUGGAGGAAAUCCAGAGGAAGCUGGAUGCUGCAGAGGAGAGACGCAAGAACCAUGAAGCUGAGGUUCUUAAGCACUUAGCUGAGAAGCGUGAACAUGAAAAGGCAGUGCUACAGAAAGCUAUGGAGGAGAACAACAACUUCAGUAAGAUUGCAGAGGAGAAGCUCAAUCAGAAGAUGGAGGCCAACAAAGAGAACCGCACAGCACUUUUGGCAGCGAUGAAUGAGAAGUUCAAGGAGAAGGACAAGAAGGUGGAAGAGGUGCGAAAGAACAAGGAGACCAAAGAAGGUACCGAAGACUGAACGUUUCGACCGGGGAUUGUAUAGGGUUUUUUACGUAUCCAAAGAUUGAGUUAUUUUUUUGUUCGGCCAGUAUUUUGUUGUGUUCACUUCCCAACCUUUUUGAAAUACAUCAAAGUACUUUGUGAAUUUUUCAAUUAUCCUGCUAUAAGUGUACUUGCGCUGGUUAUACAUGUGGCUCACCCCCCCCCCCACACUUGAGUUUAUUCCAUUUGAUAUGUAGCUUGUCGGUGCAGCUUCUACCCUUUUUUGAAAGUUAGCAGUGUGUACUUAUCCUUAUUGAGGAAGCAUGUUUCUAUGCAUAGGUCUUUUGUCCCUAGUGCGUUUUGAAAAUGUCUCUGUGAACCGCAACUGUUCUCGGCACUGACUGUAUAUUAAAAAUAAAGGAGUAGCAAAAGAUCAAGGCGUCGGCUGUUGUACAUGCAGGUGUUAAACAUGCAGCUUUGCUAUUCAGAUUCUGCUAGUUUGCUCCUGUAGAUCAUGUUUGUGCCGCUGCUGACUCUUCGCUGUUUUGUAAACACAUUGGGGUUGUCUUCAAAGCACAUAACUUCUUGCUGUAUAGCUGUGAAUUAACAUGCCAGACAUGGAGACGGAUGCCAUCUUGAAAUCACUGAACAAGGGGGUCUACACAUGGAAUGCAAACGAGCAAUACACUUCGGCACCUCCCAAUAGAUACAGUGGCUAGUUGACUUGAACUGUUGUACUAAAACAAAUAAAAACAUGUACACACAGA